AUGUCUUGGAAAGACCGAGUAAACGACAUCCAGUGUGAGAUGCAUUCUUUUUUUGAUGAGUAUGUGAAGCACCACUCCCCUUCGACUUCUAAGAAAAUGCCUUCCUUUGAAGCAACUACUAGUCAUGAUCAUGGUCAUAUGACACCUAUUGCAACAUUAGUUAAUGUGACACUAAAAGGUUUUAAAGCUUUUACUAAGGAAGAUGAAGAAGCUCCAAUGUCAGAACUAGAAAUUUUUUUUAGAGAGCGGAUGGUAGAUUGUGAUAAAGAAUUGGAUAUUUUGGACUUUUGGAGGAGUCAUGAAUAUAGGUAUUCGAUUCUUUCUCGAAUGACAAGAGAUAUCUUAUCAAUUCCAAUAUCAACUAUUGCAUCGGAAUCAACAUUUAGUAUUCGAGGAAAAGUGAUAAAUAUGUCACGUAGUUCUCUUACGUCAGAUAAUGCUGAAACUAUUAUUUUAACUCGUGAUUGGCUGUAUAGUCGAGGAGUUGAAGAUUUUGUUGAUAAGGAAGAACUUGCUGAAGAUAUUGCUCAAGUUGAAAGAGCAAGUUGUACCUCAUCUAGUGUAUCAUUUUGCUCUGUUUGA